CUCGACUGAAUACAUGGGCGAACUGUGAUGAUAUUGAUUAGGAUAUUAAGGAUAUGGCGUCCAAAUCCCCGAGCAAGUGUUGUGGAAUCUGUUCCAGAAGAAGUAGAUCCACCAAAGCUGUAAAGUAUUGUACAGACUGCGAGGACGGGCUAUGUACAGAAUGUUUAGAUUUUCACGGACACAUUAAAAGUUUUGAUACUCACCAUAUAAUAGGCAUUGAUGUCAUCGAAGGUACUUCCUUUAUUGUCAAUAAAUCCUGCAAAGUUCAUCCCGAUAUGGUUUUAGAAUAUUUUUGCUCCCACCAUGAUACAAUGUGCUGUCAGUCAUGUAUGGGUAGUGAUCAUCGCUCAUGUGACAAGGUACUCCCAAUUAGAGUAUCUGCGAAAGGGGUCAAAAGUUCAACCAUGUAUGAAGAAAUGGUCAAAGAUGUCACCUUAUUAAAUUCCGCAGUAAACGAACUGGAAGAUAAAAAGAAAAGGUCAAUUGUCAGACUUAAAGAUAGUAAGAAGAAUGUUCAGCAAGACGGUAAAAACUUCAAAGCACUAUUGCUAAAACGCAUUGAAGAAAUUGAAGCAACUUUUACGUCUGAAAUAGAAGCAAAUCAUAAAGACCUCUCACAUGAAGCAAACGACAAUCUUGAAAAAAUAUGUGAUCAUAGAAAUAAAAUACAAAAUAUAUCCGAACAAUUCAAAUCAGUUUCGAAAUAUGGAUCUGAAAGUCAAAUAUUUAUAAUGAUAAAUAAUAUAAAAGAAGAACUGAACUGUAGUGCAAAUAAUUUUCAUAAACUGCUGUCGUCUCAAAAAGAUGCCACUUUAUCGUUUAAAGAGUCCAAUUUACUGUCCGUUAUGAAAUCAUUUGGUUCAGUGGAUAUCAAAAAGGCUUCCCUUGAUGUCAAAUACAAACCGUGUAAAGAUCAGCAAGCGCAAUUCCAUCAACAGCAGCGAAAGCUUCCAUCGAAAUUCCAGCUAGAUUGUAAAUUCAAAGUACCUGGUGCAACCAUUGCUGGCAUAGGUGUGACAAAAGACAAGCGAUUAUUCAUGUGUCAUCGGAACGGUUUCGAUUUAUUUGUUAUGUCUGAAAAAGGUUUACAACUGGCAACAGUUCAAAUGGGCGAGAGUCAAUGGGGGAUAGCUAUGGAAGAAGACAACAAUACAGCAUGGGUCACACUACCAGAUAUAAAGUCCAUUCAGACUGUAGAUAUAGCUACAAUGCAGAAGGGGCCGCUGAUUAAAGUACCCGAACAAUGUUAUGGUAUUGCUAUUAUUGACGAUCAAAUCGCUGUAGGUGGGUUCGGCAAGAUAUACAUAAUUAACAAAACCGGUGACUUAAAGAAGACACUAGAUGUAGGAGGAACCGCAGUUAACUCCUUAUCAGUUGGUAAAAAAAAUCAGCUUUACUUUGUUCAGGCUGAUAUAGGAAACUCUAAAUUGAAAUACAUCGGAUUAGAUGGAACAGUUGCGUCUAUCUCUGCUGAAGAUACUCAUGACGUGAUUGGUGUUUUAAGCGACAGAAUAGGAAAUGUAUAUUUUCUUGAAUUCAGAGCAUCGAAUAUUAAGCUGUUUUCAUUUGAAGAUAAAUCUAUGAAAACUAUAUUGACAUCAAAAGAUGGACUUAAUGACCCCCGUGGCUUCGCUUUCAGUAAAGAUUGGUCUAAACUUUUCGUUUCGAAUUACACUGCCGGUGAAAUAUUGGCAUUUUCGUGUAAAUAGAAAUUACAGACUUGUUAAGUUUUAUAGUUUAUGAAAGUAAUGUCCGUGUACUUUAGUAUUCUAGAAAUUA